CGAGUGUGCAGAGCGCUGGGAUUUCAGCACCACAGAGCAACGAACAGCGCACGGGACUGGAUGAACUGGCCAGAGGGCUGCGCGCGUCCGGGUGGAUGAUUCAACCAGUGUCCUCGACUCCAAGCACCGAUUUGAACGGCUAAAACCGGAUUUCAAACUGCUUGUUAUCCUCCUACGGACUCAUUAGGAACAGCCUUGCGCUUCUAGCUCUCACUUUACGUGAUGCUAACCGACGAGAUAUUUUAAGCGCGCUGGAACAGAGUCGGAUCUAUUAGUGGAUAAGGGGCGUAAGGUGGUCGGUUAGAAGUGGUUCCGGGGAUACCGGAGCGUCAGUGACCGGUCUAAGAGUGGUGGGUCGCCGCUAGAGAGCCCCCCCAUUCAGAAGCAUGCUGGUGGGAAAUGCCUGGAGACAGAGAGGACGAGAUCUGUCGAAAGGCACUGGAACUGCUCUCCGACCUGUGCUCUAAGGGUGAAGUGCAGAACGAUAACUGUGUGGAUUUUAUCUAUUAUUUCCGUGAUCUUGCCAGACCGAGGUAUUCCGACUCAGAUGUGUCUGUGAGUCUCCUGUCACUCCUCGUCACCACCUGUGGCCUGGCCCUCUUCAGCGUCUCUCUCUACGUCUCCUGGAAACUAUGCUGGUUGCCAUGGCGAGGAGGCAGCCUGGCCGACGCCUUGAGGGCGGGCCUUGGGGACCAGCAACCAGUUCUGAUGGAGGUGGAUGGGGAUGGCGAGGAGCGGGAGUACAGUGAGGAGUGUGUGAAGGAGCCCUCGGGCCCCAACGCGGUCCUGGAGUCGGCCAUGAAGAUCAGCCACACGUCCCCAGACAUCCCCCUGGAGGCCCAGGCCAAGGCCAAGGACAACUAUGUCCACCACAUAGCCCGUGUGCAGAGACAGAUCACCGAGCCCACCUCCUCCGGACGACACCACUCCAUCCGGCGCCAAAUGAACCUGUCCAACCCGGACUUCAACCUGGCCCAGUUCCAGAGACAGGAGUCCCUGUCGGGCCUGGGCCGGAUCAAACCCGAGCUCUACAAACAGCGCUCCGUGGACGGCGACGACGAGCACAGCGAGGACAGCUGCGGACGGCUCCACUUCAUCCUCAAGUUCGACUGCGACCUGGAGCAGCUGAUCGUCAAGAUCCAGCGAGCCCAGGACCUCCCCGCCAAGGACUUCUCCGGAACCUCAGACCCUUACGUCAAGAUCUACCUGCUGCCGGACAGGAAGACCAAACACCAGACCAAGGUGCACAGGAAGACGCUCAACCCGGUGUUCGACGAGGUCUUCCUGUUCCCCGUGACGUACGGCGAGCUGCCAUCCCGGAAGCUGCACUUCAGCGUCUACGACUUUGACCGCUUCUCGCGCCACGACCUGAUUGGCCAAGUGGUGGUGGACAACUUCCUGGAUCUGGCCGACUUCCCCCGGGAGACCAAGCUGAACAGGGAGAUCCAGUACGUCACCUCGGACAAUGUGGACCUGGGAGACCUGAUGUUUUCUCUGUGUUACCUACCCACGGCUGGAAGACUCACCAUCACCAUGAUCAAGGCUAGGAACCUCAAAGCUAUGGACAUCACUGGAGCAUCAGACCCCUAUGUGAAGGUCUCCCUGAUGUGCGAGGGCCGCCGGCUGAAGAAGAGGAAGACGUCCACCAAGAGGAACACGCUGAACCCCGUCUACAACGAAGCCAUCGUGUUCGACGUCCCUCCUGAGAACAUCGACCAGAUCAGCCUGCUCAUAGCUGUCAUGGACUACGACCGAGUGGGCCAUAACGAGGUGAUCGGGGUGAGCAGGGUGGGGAACGAGGCCGAGAGCCUGGGAAGAGACCACUGGAACGAGAUGCUCUCCUAUCCCCGCAAACCCAUCGCUCACUGGCAUCCCCUUGUAGAGUGGGUGGGCCAGAGUGCCACAGGAGGAGGAAGUCAGGGAGGCUCCUGCAACUCUCUCAAGACCCCGCCCUCACCAUGAUCAACACAGAGGCCCACACAAGCGCACGCACAUCUACACUCACAUGCACUUGCACCCAUCGACACACACGCGCGCACACACACACGCCAAUCUCCACACACACAAAUGCACAGCUACACCCACCCACAAACACACAUGCACGCACACACACAAACACAGUGAAAAGAGGAGCGAUUCAAAACAGGACACGGAUGGCUGGUGGAGAAGAUCUGAGGGAUCCUGACAUGGGGUAGAGCCUUAACACGACUGCAUUCAUUGGUCCAAACGGGUUCAUGCCUCCACGGAGACCAGCAGUAUUAUUGGGAGCAGAGGUACCACUACUGAUCACAGGUCAUAUAUUUGCUCCCACAUGUGGGUGAGGCUAGGAGCACGUGAGGGCCUUGUUGGUCCCAGACCUGCUGCUAGGGGCGACACCCUGCGUAGCGAGUACAGAAUUCAACUGCAUGUCCGUGGCCAUCCGUUUAAUAUUACAGUACUGUUAGAAAGGUAAUUGAAUUGAUAGAAAUUGUUCAGUUGAGAGAUGAUUCUAGUAUUUUUAACACGUAUGUUUUAACAUUUAAUGGAUAAUGGUUGAUUUUGAGGUAAAUUGCAUGGCUUAAUUUGGUGUAAUGUAGUUUUUAAUUCUCUAAUUUCUGUAAUGAACCUAAUUUUAGCUAAUGUU